AAAACGUGAUAACUGUGACUUCAGAAUCUGUAGAAGUUUUCUGCUGGUAUGGAGGAAGACACUGAAUAUUUGAAGCUCCCGAUUGAAGAAAGAUGUGUGCAUAAGCUUUGGAAAGCACGACUGAACGGCUAUGAAGCUGCAACAAAAUUAUUCAAUCAAAUUGACGACGAAAAAAGUCCGCAGUGGAAUGUUUAUUCAUCGCUUAUCAAGAAGUUCGUCGUAGAUUCAAAUGCCGUCGCUCAAGAAAAAGGCUUGGAAGCAGUUCUGACUUUCGUCGAAAAUGCUAAAAUUGCGAGCAAAAACCCGUCUGAAGUCAUCGCGGGUGUUGUGGCCAAAUGCCUUGGAGCUCCCAAAGCUAAGACGAAGGAGCUUGGAAUUGACAUUCUCUUGAUGUAUGUUGAAAUUGAAAGACAAGAACCAGUUCUCGAAGAGCUGAUCAAGGGAUUCGAUCAGAAGAAUCCGAAAGCAGUUUUGGGGUGCAUUCAUGCGUGCACAUGCAUUGUUAAGGAAUUUGGACCAAAAGUCCUGAGCCUGAAGCCUCUGUUGAAACAAAUCCCGAAGAUUUUGGACCAUCGAGAUGGAAGUGUUCGAGAAGAAGGGAAAGCCCUCUGCAUUGAAUUGUAUCGAUGGAUUGGGGUUGCAUUGAAACCUCAGAUGCAGGAUUUGAAGCCAAUACAGGUGACCGAACUUGAAGGAUGGUUUGAGAAGGUGAGUGGGGAUCGACCUCAGCGUGCUCGCUAUCUUCGAUCAGAACAAGAGAAAAUCAGCAAGGCGAAAGAAGCUGGUGAUGCCCAUGAUGGUGCUGUUGAGAGGGAAGUGGUGGGAGACGCUGAGGCGCCCAUCGAUCCGUAUGAUUUGCUGGACCCAGUCGACAUUCUGAGUAAGCUUCCAAAGGAUUUCUACGAGAAAGCAGAAGCCAAAAAGUGGCAAGAACGCAAAGAGGCCCUUGAAACUCUUCUUGAACUGGUAACAAAAAAUCCAAAGUUGGAGCCCGGGGACUACGGCGAUUUGAUCAAACUGCUGAAAAAGGUAAUUGCGAAGGACACCAACGUAAUGCUUGUGGCGCUCGGUGCUCAAUGUUUGACAGGCAUCGCCAAAGGAUUGAAAAAGAAGUUUCAUCCAUACGCUGCAUCGUGUCUCAGUGUGAUACUCGAAAAGUUUAAAGAGAAGAAGACCAUUGUUGUGACUUCGUUGCGUGAUGCAAUUGAUAGCGUUGGAGCUGUGUUAUCCUUCGAAGUGAUCCAAGAAGACAUCAGCGGAGCUUUGGAAAACAAGAAUCCGUCCAUCAAGGCAGAAACCGCCUCAUAUCUUGCACGAGCAUUUGCAAGCAGUUCAACCACCUCACUUGCAAACAAAAAAAUCUUGAAAGCUUAUAUUACUCCCUUGCUGAAAGCGUUGAAUGAAUCCGAUCCACUGGUUCGUGACAAUGCUGCGGAAGCGUUGGGUGCCCUGCUCAAGAUUGCCGGCGAAAAGUUGGUUAUGCCUUUCAUGACGGAUGUCGACCCAUUGAAGAUGGCAAAGGUGAAAGAGUGUGCUGAUAAAGUUGAAGUCAAAGGAAAGCCAUCUCAAGUUUCUGUUGUUUCUUCGUCAUCCUCCACAACUGUCGCAUCGAUAAAAUCAUCAGCUCCUCGAGUUGUUGCAGUUUCAAAACCGGAAGAAGAAUUUCCCUCUGCUUCUUCGAGUUCUGUGAAGAAACCUUCCAGCGGUGUCUCUGCUCCUGGUUUGAAGAAGGCCCCGGUGAAAAAGAAAGGUAAAAAAUGUGUUUUCGAUUUUUUUAAUAUUUCCUCACUUGCAAGUUUCAACUUCUUGAAGAACGAAAGAUACGCAUUUUCCAAUUUGAUGGUUUCUUCAAAUUUAGCGUUGAAUACUUUCUCAGCUCCCACUGCCACAAAAGCGGGCUCAGGAAAAGGAAAUGCUGGAGUGAACGACGAAUCUCAAUAUUCCGAAAAAGAAUUAGUGUUGGAAGAAGCUGAAGCUCUCUUGGAAGAAUUGCUCCCGGAAGACAUAAGGAAGGGUAUUGCGGAUGGCAACUGGAAAACGCGACUUAGCGCACUCGAAAAUGUCGGUCGAAUAAUUAGUUGCUCAGACGCGGCUACCUUACCUGCGCAAGCACUCAUCAAAAUACUCUGCAAAAAGCCUGGGCUGAAGGAUAACAAUUUCCAAGUGCUCAAACUCCGUUUUGAGGCGAUCAAAAGCAUCGCAGGGGGCAGCAAAGUUUCGAGGACUUCUGCGAUAAUGGUUAUUCCUGAUCUAACGGACAAGUUGGGUGAUGCCAAAAGUGGACCAGCUGCCUGCGAAGCUUUGACGGCGGUUGCCGAAUCGCGAAUGACCGGAGGUCUCUCUUGGGUCGGUAGCGAAGUAUUGAAACACUCCUUGUCACAGAAGAACCCGAAAGUUCAAGCUGAUGCUUUAAACUGGCUGUCUCAAGCCGUGAAAGAAUUCGGCUUUAACUUGCCUGUCAAGCAGGCUGUCGAUAGUGUGAAAGGAGCCCUGGGCGCCAGCAAUCCUGCUGUUCGUAUGGCCGCCGUUGGAUUCAUUGGGACGCUUUAUUUGUACUUGGGGAAGACUCUGCGGACAUUUUUUGACGACGAAAAGCCGCAAGUUGUUGCGUUAAUAGAUGAAGAAUUUAAGAAGUUGGAAGGAUUGGGCCCACCUGCACCUUUCCGGGGUCAUAUCCCUGUUCCAGCUGGGGACGAAAGUGACGCCGCUGCAUCACGUGUUGAAUCUGCUCAAGAGAUAAACCCUGAAGAUCUCAUACCGCGGGUUGAUAUCGAGGAUCAGAUCUCCCCAGCUUUGAUAGAGAAACUCUCUGACAAAAACUGGAAGGUCCGAACUGAGGGCUUGGCUGAAGUGAAAGAUAUUAUUGGAAAAGCUAAGUUCAUUACUCCGAAUCUUGGCGAGCUUCCGUCCGCCUUGAAGAGCCGUGUUGGAGACCUCAACAAAAAUCUCAUGAUGGAAGCCAUCGGUAUUUGUAAACAGCUAGCGGAUUCAAUGGGACCGAAAGGAAAACAGCACGCUAGAAUAAUUAUUCCGGCUGUGAUCGGAGCAUUGGGUGACAGUAAGCCACAUGUGCGGCUCGCGGCGAAGGAAUGCCUUGACACGUGGGAAGAGAAAAUCAAAAUUCACGGCAUUUUCGAAGGAGAGAUGAUAGCAGAAUCUCUGAAGGCGGACAACCCUACUUUACGUGCGGAAUUAUUAGCGUGGCUCAAGGCCAAAAUUCCUGAAGAUGUUCCCGUCAAAGGUCUGGCCAAAGACGAUGUCAACGCCUGCUUGCCGUAUCUUUUUUCCUGUCUGGAGGAUCGAAAUCCUGACGUCCGGAAAAACGCUCAGGAAGUUUUCUUCAACUUCAUGCUUCAAGUAGGCGUCGACGGGAUGAAUCGAGCUGCUAGCAAAGUGAAAGCGUCCUCAAAAACUGUCAUCGUCGCUUUGAUCGAAAAGCAUAAGGGUAGUAUGCCUGUCAAAGUUGUUCCUCCUCCUCCGGUUGCUGAGACGAAGGCGAUACGCGGUGGGAGUGGCAAGCCGAAGCCUCAGGCAAAACCCGUGGAACCCCCGCCAGAGGACGAUGUUGAUGAUGAACCAUGUUCUAAGCCGACUUCAGCGUCGAAACCGAAACCAGGGUCGAAAAUCAACGUUCGUCAGAGGGCUGGAGCAUCAAAGCCAACGGUAGUCCGUAAAAAAGGAGAUGAUGUCGACACCUCUCCUCUGUUAACUGUCAACGACUUGAAGUUGGCUCGAUUUGCUGAUGAAGCCAAGUUGAAAGUUCUCAAGUGGAAUUUCAAUACUCCUCGGGAGGAGUUCGUGGACCAGUUGAAAGAACAGUUAUCGAAUGCGGGAACCAAUCAAAGUCUUCUUGCUCAGAUGUUCAGUACUGACUUCAAGCUUCACAUCAAGGCGCUGGAGUCCUUGAUGGAGAUGACGAAGAACACCGCCGCUGUUAUUUCUAAUUUGGACCUUUUAUUGAAGUGGCUCACGUUAAGAUUUUUUGAGACGAACCCCAGCGUUAUCCUGAAGGGAUUGGAUUUUGUUCUGGCAAUUUUUGAUGAGCUGGCAAUUGAAGGAUACUCCAUGCACGAUUUGGAAAUCAGUUGUUUCGUUCCUUACCUAAUCGCGAAAGUUGGAGAUCCCAAGGAACCCGUCCGUAAUAGUGCCAAGAAAAUCAUCGAAAAAAUUCCGACCAUGUACAGUGCCGUCCGAUUGUUUCCCUUCUUGAUGGAAGGAUUGAAAUCGAAGAACUCCCGUCAACGUGCG